AUGCCUUUGACUCCUCUUUCGCACUCUGUCCUUUACUUGUUUGAAGCUGCUGCCAUGAAUGAGGCUCAUCCAUUCCACUGUCCUCCUUGGACAAGCAGCGUGUGGAGGUCCAUCUUUGGACUUGUACCACUUCCACAGUAUGAGGAGUACGAGGAUCUGGAGAUUGAUGUGGUGGGUGAUGCUGACCCAGAGUUGGAUGCAAGCAAGGAUAGUGGUUUUGCAGUCCCUGAGGCUGUAUUAAGGUCUGUCACCAAAAACCGGCGCAAAGCACUUGGGUUGGAAGAGCGUCAUGCUGCAGAGAGGUUUUUGCAAUACUUCUGGAGUACUUGGAAGGAAGACUAUGCAAGAGGAACACCAAUCAGGGAGACCAUCAAAUCCACUGCUCGAGGAGGAAAGCGGGGUGGGCCUGAUUCUUAUGGCUAUACUGCGUUCCGGAGUCUGGUGCUGGCAAUGAUUAACAGGAAAGGUGGCGUAAUGAGUCAGGUGGAGGACAUCUUGACCAGAAUAGGAGCAACUCCUGCCAACAUUUGGAAAGACAAUAGGAGUCUGAAUAGGGAACGUCCAGCUAGUAAGCGGGUACUGGAACAUCAGGUGCCUAUUACAGACAGCCAUCAAAGGAUUGAAGAGCGUGAUGUGCAAGCUGCAUUGGCUCGAGGUUUAUUUGGAGACCAUGCAGUUAGCAGUUGUGGGACAAUUGUUCCUGAAUAUAUUCCAGCAAUCCGCUGCUUUGCUCAGCGGAAGUAUGAAAACAAAGCCCAAAGCUUAAAGCGCAAGGUGGCUACCUCAUCUUCCUGGAUGCAGAAAGUGGAUGCAAAGCUACAAGAGGCUCAAGAGUUGAAAUUGCCUGCGGCAUUGCGUGGUGCAACCAGUGCUUUGGCCGAGUGGCAAAGGACAGCUACGGAGACUAAGGAAGUUGAUGACUUGCAUUUCCAUAGCAGGGAGACUUCACUGAAGCAGCUGUGGUUGAGUCUUGGUUUUGGUAAUUCCGAAGAGGCUGGAAAGACUUCUAAACCAAAGGUCAAGUCUGCGCAGGGAGCUCCAACCGAAGCCGAGAUGCAAGCGGCUUAUGCCUACUACCUUGAGGAGUACUGCCAUGGCAUUGGUUCGUUGGAUGAGUCUGAGCUUCCUGUUCUUGAAUCUGGAAUUGCUGGUCUGCAUAACUUGGCAGAAGGAAGCCAUGACAUUGGUGUUGCGCAUCUCAUGUCAUUCUCAGCCAAACACCUGUGGAAUCUCUUGGGCUUACCUGGAGCGAAUCAAUUCCCAUUUGCAGAACCUGGUGCCAACAACACUCUGAACAGCUCUACAUCUCAGCACAAAACCCGUGCCGUACCAUUUUGGCAUCAGCUAGUAGGGACACUCAAGAUUUUGGAAGGUGCAUUCACACAGAGAACAGGGACUCGUGCUCAACCAGCUUUACUAUGUGACAAUGUUGGACUUGGGAAGACAGUCCAAAUCAUUGGUGUUAUUAGCAUGCUGGAGCACUACUACAAACAGCAGGAGCUUCCAGUUGAACAGCGUCUUGCGCCGCCUGCAUUUACAAAGGAUAAUGGAACACCCUACUUUGGUGGUGAAAAGAGUAUCCCUAACCUACCAUCAAUUGUAAUUGCUCCUCGUACGCUUGGAAACCAAUGGGUUGAACAAUGGAACAAAUUCACUCAGCUUGGCAGUUUUGUUGUCAUUCAUUACACUGUUGACAAUGGACCCCUGGAGACCUUUUUCAGUGAUCCCAAAGGGCCAUACAAGACAGCAGCUGGGCAAAACUUGGAGCAUGCAGGGCGAGUGAUUAUUAUAGCAGACCUUUUGGCAAUCUCUAAGGAGGCUAAACGAUGCUUGCAACCACCCCCAGAGCUGAAAGGCAAGGAUGCCAAGGAGCACGAGGCUAAGGGAGAGGCACCUGCAUUGAAAAUUGGUGUCAAUGCUGCAGGCUCCUUGUUUGGUAUGCGCUUCCGGGUAGCAGCAAUUGAUGAGAUACACAACCUCCGGAACAGUAGUCAUAGUCAACGAGGGGUCCAGUUCAUUAGCGAGUCUUCAUGCUUGGUCAUUGGUGCAACAGCCACACCUUUAUUUACUGCACUCAAGUGUUUGUUUGCCCUUGCACAAAAUCUACGCUACCAGCCACUACUUGGUGACAAGGGCCUCCAGGUUUGGAACGAAGUGCAAGAAAUGCUGGUGGACGGCAGCAAAAAUUGGCGACUCAACAGCAAAGCAAUUGUGGAAGCAACUAUUGAGAAAGAAGUGAAAGAAGUGUUAUCAUUGGCCAAAAUCAGCUCCCAAGAUCCUCGUGCUACUAAAAUCAAGGAUGACGUUUGGGCUAAAUACGAGAAUGAGGACCAGCAAAGUAUUCUCCGCAUGAUCCAUUUAUCCAAACAACCAGUCAACAUCCUGCGUUUGAUUCUUUAUCCCAUCAUGAUCCGUCGUACAAGUGAGUCGCUGGACUUUGCAGGAAAAAGAAUUUUGGAUCUUCCGUUUGUUCAAAAGUUCAUUGCUUGGUCCCCAAUGAACGAAGAGGAGAAGGAAAUGCAACAUUUGAUUAAUCAGGAGCAUACCCGACGGAAAACCACAAAGAAGAAACAGGCAAACAAGCAAAGAGCUAAAAAGAAGGGGAAGCAAAUGCAAGAAACCGCCAGUGAAGAACAGGAGGAACAAGAUGGGCUAGACUCUGAGGGACAAGUGGAACGCAAUGAUUGCAAGAAUAUUAGGUGGCAUAAUUUUCUCAUUGAUCAAAAGUUUGCUGGCAUGUUGGCUAAAUUGGGAGAGCUGCGCUUCAAAGAAGAGAGCUUAGAGCUUGAGCGCGGCACUCUGACCAACCAUAUCACUGACAAUUGGACUGCGGAAAAUCUUCACCAAAUGAUAUCAACCAGAAUGGAAUGCGUAUACAAUCUGAUGUUUACUCUGAAGGGCAGAGGAUUUGUCUCAUAUGAUGGGUCCAUGGCUACCAACCAUUGCCAACAAUCAGUUGAGAAAUUUGCAAAUGACCCAAACUGCCGGAUUAUGAUCAUCAGCAAUGUUGGCUCAGCUGGGCUAAACUUGGUCCAAGCCUCAGUUGUAAUCAUUGUGAGCAGCGUUUGGUCAGGGCUUGAACUCAACCAGAUCAUGGGCCGGGUUGAUCGCCCUGGGCAAGAGCGGGAUACGGUUGUCUACAAUAUCAUGGCACCAGAAGGCAUAGACUUGGCGCUCAAUGUUUAUGCUGACAGUAAGGCACAGCUGUCUGACCAUUUUCUAAACUCGCGCAGAACCUUGCAAGAUGUCUAUACCAACAUAGCCAACCCUCACUCAGACAGUCAAGAUGAGUCUGACUCUGAGGGUAAUGAUCUGGUAGACUCUGGGCACACAGUAGUAGCCUCAGAAUCUAAAGUAGGAAGCCGCAAGCGCAAAAACAACAGCAGCACAGAUACAAAGGAUGCCAGCCAAGCUCCAAAGCGCACCAAAGUCAAGACCUCCACGUCCAACUUGGGGCACAGAACAACACCUGUCACUGCAGCUGACCCUGCACCGGAACAGACCAAAACAGUCACCCCUGAUUCUGGUCUGACUGGAAACUCUUUAAGCGCUAUGAAACUGGCAUCUGGAGCGUCAUUUAGCCAUCUGGACGUUCCAGACUCUCCGGAUGCAAAUAAAGACCCUAGCCAAAAGUCAAAUUUGUUAGCAUCCGCCCCAACAGCCGCCAAGGACCCCCUUCCAGACUUCUGGAAGUGA